ACGAUUGGACGACGUGUCAGCAUCCGAUUCUACAUAAGAACGAACCAAUGAACGAUCUUCCUUUUUAUGUGUGUGUGUAACUUACUAGUAGGAGCGGAAGCAUUGCCCAGUUGCUCGUUUCCGUCUUCCCAGUGCCUGUCAGCCAUUACUGCUCUGCUCGCCGGGUCUUGCAGGGUGUAACUGGUACAACUGACAUACUUUCCGAAAAAUCGAAGAUCGUUCCUACGGAACUGGUAGUGUGUCAGCAGAUUCUUCCGAACUUUUGCCGAGAUGUAUAACAAUAGUUAUUCCAAUCAUACCAGUUACAGACCCAGGGGAAGUAGAGAUUCUACCAAUCGUAAUGGAGGGGGAACAUAUUGGAAUAGACAACAACAGACAAACAAAGAGAAGUCAAUUAAGAAGCAAGUCCAAAGAAGAACUCCUGGAGAUUCAUUGAAAAAACCUAGCUGGGAUCUCUCUAAGUUACCAGUGAUUACAAAAAAUUUAUAUAUUCCACAUAUCAAUAUUUUAAAACGGUCCAGUGAUGAAGUUAAUAAGUAUCACAUUGGUAAAGAAAUCACUGUGAAAGGAAACAAUACUCCUUCUCCAAUUCAAGCAUUUGAAGAAAGUAACUUCCCAGAUUAUGUAAUGGAAGAGAUAAGAAAGCAGGGUUUUGCUGAACCAACAGCAAUCCAAGCACAAGGCUGGCCAAUAGCACUCAGUGGUCGUGAUUUGGUUGGAAUUGCUCAAACAGGAUCUGGAAAAACUUUAGCUUAUAUAUUACCAGCAACUGUACACAUUAAUCAUCAACCACGUUUGAGCCGAGGAGAUGGUCCCAUCGUUUUGAUACUCGCCCCAACAAGAGAAUUAGCCCAACAAAUUCAAUCUGUUGCUAGAGAUUUUGGUUCUUCCUCCUGUAUUCGUAAUACUUGCAUCUUUGGUGGUUCUCCAAAAGGGCCUCAAGCUCGUGAUUUAGAACGCGGUGUUGAAAUUUGUAUUGCAACUCCUGGUAGAUUAAUCGAUUUUCUCGAGAAAGGAACUACGAAUUUGCGCAGAUGUACAUACCUAGUCUUAGACGAGGCAGACAGAAUGUUAGAUAUGGGAUUCGAGCCGCAAAUCCGAAAAAUCAUAGAGCAAAUUAGACCUGAUAGGCAGGUAUUGAUGUGGUCUGCAACAUGGCCGAAAGAAGUACAAGCUUUGGCUGAAGAUUUCCUCUCAGAUUAUAUUCAAAUUAACAUCGGUUCUUUGACAUUGGCCGCUAAUCACAAUAUCCGUCAAAUCGUAGAGAUUUGUCAAGAGCAUGAAAAAGAAAUGAAACUCUCAAAUCUUUUAAGAGAGAUCGGCAAAGAUCGAGGAAGCAAGAUGAUAAUUUUCGUUGAAACGAAAAAGAAAGUGGACGAUAUUACCAAAGCUAUUAAACGAGAAGGCUGGCCUGCUAUCUCUAUUCACGGUGACAAAUCACAGCCUGAGAGAGAUUAUGUAUUAUCUGAGUUUAGAAAUGGAAAAACAAUGAUUCUUGUUGCUACCGAUGUUGCUGCUCGUGGCUUGGACGUAGAAGAUGUGAAAUAUGUAAUUAACUUCGAUUAUCCGAAUAGUUCUGAGGAUUAUAUUCAUAGAAUAGGAAGAACUGGACGUUGCCAAAGCGCGGGUACUGCUUAUGCUUAUUUUACGCCUAAUAAUGCUAGACAAGCAAAAGAACUAAUUUCUGUUUUGGAAGAAGCUGGUCAAGCAAUAAAUCCACAAUUGGCCGAUUUAGCAAAUUCGAUAAAACCUGCAUACGGAAAGGGUCGCCAGCGUUGGAGUCAUUCUCGUUCUAAUAAAGAUAAUAGUUCCACUGGAAGUCCAAGAAAUAACAGCAGCCCAAUUUCGAAUAAUUGGCAAAAUCAGCACGUUCAGAGUACUCAGCACAGUAAUGGCAGCAGUCAAGAAAGGACUGUUGUACGCCAGCAAAAUGGAUAUCAGGCCAGUCGACAGAAUAGUUUCCAAUCUAAUUAUCAGCCGCAGCAACAUCAACAACAACCGCAACAGCAGCAACACCAACACCAACACCAACAACAUCAACAGCAGCAGCAACAGCAGCAACAACAACAUCAGCGGCAACCGAAUACUUAUACCAAUGGCUGUCAAACUACCAAUAGCUAUUCAGCUAGUUAUCAAAAUGCAAAUAUUCCUAGAUAUCAUGGAAGAACAGGAGGUUUCCAAGGAAAUCGUUAUCACAAUCGUCAGAGUGCUUACAAUACCAAUCAGACACCUGGAGGACAAAGCGUAUAUUCUAUGCCACCUCCAUUUAUGAUGCCAUCUGCGGGCGGACACACAGCUGAUUCCUCCAUGCAAAGCCUCGUUAACAACAAGUUUUUCCAAACGAAUCGUCCACCACCAAAUACUGGCGCUUGCGCGUAUCAAUCGAUGGGAUAUAGUCAGUUCCAAGCUGUGCCACCAUAUAGUUAUCCUUAUCCGCCCACACCAGUGCAGCAGUGACGCUUUUCAAGGUAUAAAUCGGUAAGAGUGCAGGCUAAGUAAGAAAAUCAAUUUUUCCUCUUUAUAUCAGGCCCAUUAUAUAUUUACGGUUUGUGUAGACAAUUGGGUCUCUUUUGAAUAUAUAAGUAACAUAAUGUUUCCUCUUUUCAUUGUCAUUUAUUAUUUUUUCUGGAAUGAUGCCGAUUCAACACAUUCGACGAAGCAAAAUUAUUUUAUGUGUUUAUUCGAAGAAAGCAAGAGAAAGCAAGAAACAAAACAAUCGAUAAUUUAUUGGUUUUAUUGAAGGUUAUAAAUAUUUAAAUUGGAACGUUUUCAAACAUUCGAGAGAAAAAAAAAUGAAAAAAAAUUAAUUAUUACUUAUUAAUAAUCCAUAGGCACAUUCCAGUCAAGUUUUUUGAAGUAGUAGUAGUAAUUAUUUAGCAAUGAUAUAUUGAUAUAAUCAUUACUGGAUGUAGAAUAUGACCAACAAAUGUAGGCUUAUAACUAAGUGGUCAUAUCCUAAAAAGUAAUUAAUCUUCUUGAGAUAAAACUAUGUAAACGUCAUUUAAUGCUUUCCCGAAAUGCACGAAACGUAUAGAAGGGGGGUGGUUAACGUUUUCAUAUUUGAUAAUUUAUUUAUAUUUUGCAUAUAUAUAUAUACGUAUGUACAGGCAACGCUCUUCAAAAUGUAAGGCCUUUUGCAUAAAAAUUAAGCCGUACACCCGUUUUUACAAAGCGCACGACGAAUAUAAAAAAAAAAAAAAUAUCGUGUCCUCUGUUUUGUAACGAGACUGGGUGUUGUGUCUCUUUGAUAAUAGGGGAAAGGUAUAUCUCAUCAAAAUUAAAGAACUUUGAUGGAGGAUAAAUCCAGCAUAAUUAUAUAGCGUACAAAAGUGAGUACUUCGAAACUAUCCUGGGCCGGUAUCUUUGGAAUAAAUUCAAAGCAUAAAACCGGUUAACGGGGAAGAGAAAGGAAAACUUAAAUUAAGCAUGUAGUCACAAUGGCUGUGUACCUCGGCGCAAAGUUUGAUACCUUAUUUUUAUAAUAUAUAUCGAAAGUAAUUUGUUGUUAAACCAACGAAUGAUUAUACGAAGAUAAAAAAAAGUAAGAGAAACAUUGUUGUUUGAUGUUUAUGCAAUUGGCCACUGAGUGGUCUUGUCCUUGCGCGACCGUGUACAAUGUAUAUAGGUGCACGCGCAGGCUGGCCGCAAAUCGAAUAAAAUUUAGUUGUACCUGUUUUUUAGUUCGCGCUCAUCGAAAUUCUUGCUAUUUUUUAGGGAACGAUUCAGACUAUCCGAAAGGCAUUUUUCUAUUGAAACGUUUAAGAAAAAAAAUAUUGCGCUGCCGUGAACGUAUUGAACGCGUGAUGAAAGAGUUUUUAACUUAUGGUAUUGAUCCAUGUGUUGUAUAUAUCGUUAUGGCCAUUCCGAAGUGGCUUCCAAGGAAAUUUCACGUGAUAAAUGAUACGAAAAAUAAUGAAUAAUGAAUUCAUGCCGCGAAUCAGGCACGAAAACCGUUUAUCGACAGCGCAUAGCGAUUUUUUGCGGGCCUCCAGAUUACACUGUACACGUCACUACUCGAAUAAACGAACAGCAAAGAAAAGAGCCAACAGAGAAGAAUGCAAGACUCGAAUAUACACUCGAGCAAGGACUCGUUUGCGAACGACAUUAUUGUGAUAAUUAUACGUAACGCUUUCGUGAAACGGUCUCACAGUUCGUUACUUAAUUACGCACAGUAGAAAAUGUUGUGAAGCAGUACGUGUGCACAAUAACAUUUCCGGUUGAUUAACGAAACCGCGUCACACGCAUUUCAAGCGGAUUUUGCUCGAUAAGAGAGGAAAAAACUCUAUCGAUUCGUUUCUAGGUUUCCACAUGGUAGUCUUUAUAUUCUUCUUUUGCUGAGCCGAUAGAUUGGAUAUUUCAAAAUAUAUGGUGGGGUCGCGAACAGAAGUUAGGCAUUCGCGGUAUAUUGUUGUCUUUGUCCUUUUCAACAUUGUGAAUGCUUAUACGCUCCUACUGCGUUGAUCUGACUGCAACAUGUUGCGUUGUCAGAAUGAAUAGUGAUAUAAAUAAUAGGAAGCGUAUGCUACGAGUAUUGGACACUUCUGAAUACUCAUACAUUGCGUACGCCCUCUAUUAAAUCAUCUUAUUGAUUUUUGAAACAUUCGUCUAAUCUAUGUCUUUUCAUCGUUGUUGAUCAGUAAUUUUUCUUUAGUACACUAAUUAUCUAUUUCUUCUGAAUUCUUUUUAGUACGUAGUCUACUAUAUUUUGGCAAAUAGCAGACUAUAGUAGUGCAAUUCUACAUUUUUCAAUUCCAUCCAUUGCAAGUAAUGCAUCCUUCAAGCAUUUAUCAAUUGAGGCUUAUAAAUACGUAUAUUGCUGUCAUAGAAAUUUGACAGAUAAAUUAAAGUUUCUUCUAAAUGUUGUUUCAGAUAGCCUCAGAAUUAUAAUAACCCUUUAUGCUGUACUGCAUUUGUUCCCAUAUAUUAAAAUGAAAAUUAAUGACCGUCGAAUAUGCAUAUCUUUUCUAAAACCAAAUCUUUAAACGUAUGGUCAUAGAAUUUUCUUAGAAACUUGUUAUAGUU